UUUAUCAAGAGCUACAACGCAUAUUAGUCUUCUUUUAACAAGAUGGAUACCGAUUUACUUCGAUUAUUGGACGAGACGUUGUGGUAAUAGUGAUCAAGAGUUUACUUCUAUUGUGAAACAAGCACUGCAACAGAUCCACGAUAUAUCACCAUUAGCAAAUGGUCACUCUGCAAUCACAAACACGAACCCACGUAUUUUACCAUUUUCAACGCAUACCAUCCACGUUGCCUGCAAGUAUCGUUUCUUCCUGCGAUUAACGCGGACGUAUUCAAUAACAGUAAGUUUAUGAAAUAUUUUAACGAUAAACAAACCAUUACUCGACUUGACACUUUUAAUAUCGCUUGUUGCUCUAAAUUUUGAAGCCGUUUAUUACUUCACCGGCUUUAUUGUGCGUCAGAAAAGUUUUCGAGUUGUUUUGUUUCCGUAAUUCUUAGAUGGAAACCAGGGUAUCAGUAUUGUUUUGCCAGUACGGACAAAAUUUUAGCAAACUUCUUUUGCGUAAUAACUACGAAAAAUGAUAUACGUAUUUUACAUGCUGAAUAUGCCAAUAUGGUUACUUAUUAUCGAAAUUAAACGAUCUUCCAGUAAUUCUGUAGAUUUACACUCUGUUUAUCAAUGCAAUCUGCGCAUGGGCGACCUACGGGAUUUUCAAAACCAAAAAAGGCAGCCAGGAUGUCGUAUAUACCUUCCUCCGGAUACCGGCGGGAUAUUCUGAUGCGAACAGCUGAUUAUUUGAAGAUUCUAGGCAUUUGUCAUAUCUUUCUCGGCAUAUUGGCAUUUCUUGUGCAAAUUGGUGUGAAUUUCAUGUGUCAACAAUAUCAGAUUUAUGACUGGCACAAUGAUGCGCCGACGUUGGCCAAGAGUGCAAUCGGUAUAAUUGCAGCCAUAACUUAUAUUGUGCAAGGCGUCUUAUCGAUUGGCGCGGGAAAAUUUGUUACCGGAUCAACACUCCCUGACCUGAGUGAACAUUUCUGUGUUUUAAAGAUCUUAAACUGUCUAGCCUUAUUAAUGUCAUCCAGUUUACUGGGUGUUAGCGGAUACCUAGUGUAUGUUUUGAGUUUGUGGUGGGCGUUUUACGAGGAGCAUAUUACGUAUAUCCAAGGACCGGUCCUCAUAACUUUAACACUUAAUAUGAUUCAAAUCGGGGUUGGUGUGUGCGAAUUUGCAUUGGCAUUUGCGGGGUUUUUUAUAAAAAACACGUAA